AUGAAAAAUUCAAAGAGUUGGGUUAAUAUUCUUACGAUUCCUUCUUCAUCUUCACGUGAGACCAUGCACAAGAGAGGAGAAGAUUUUCUUGAUACGUGCGAAUGGUGCAAAAAGAAAAUUGGUGAGGAUAAGGACAGAUAUAUGUACGGUAGUUUUCAAGUAUUUUGCUCGAUCGAGUGCAGGGACAGACAAGUGGCUGUAGACGAUGAAAACAAUCCACCGUCACCAAUUUGCCAGGACCAUCAAUUUGUUUUCAAACCCAAGGCUUCAAAAGUUAGAGGCAGCAAUUACAUUUUGGUUCUUAGUUGUGUACUGUUUUUGUUUUCAGCUUUUAUUGUAGCGAGUGCUGCCCUUUCAAAGGCUUUUGGGCAUCUGUGUUCAUCUGCCCUUUCAAACUGA